AUGGCUUCCCAGCGGUUGGCGCUGAAUCUUCAGCGUUCUCUUCGAAGCCGACAAGCUCUCAAGACCAUUCGACCUCCUCUCAGACGUUACGCCAACCCCGUCGCACCCUCCCGAACCGAAAGCACCACUCUUUCCAAUGGCCUGACGAUUGCAACAGAACAUUCCCCAUGGGCGCAGACCUCAACGGUUGGUGUUUGGAUCGAUGCCGGGAGCAGGGCGGAAACAGACAAGACCAACGGAACAGCCCAUUUCCUUGAGCAUCUGGCCUUCAAGGGUACUGGCAACCGCACUCAGCAUCAAUUAGAGCUCGAGAUUGAGAAUAUGGGUGGCCAUCUCAACGCAUAUACUUCGCGAGAAAAUACCGUGUACUACGCUAAAUCAUUCAAUGCCGAUGUGCCCAAGGCUGUCGAUAUUCUUUCCGACAUUCUCCAGAACUCCAAACUCGAUCCCGCGGCAGUCGAAAGAGAACGAGAUGUGAUUCUCAGGGAACAAGAGGAAGUUGACAAGCAAAUGGAAGAAGUGGUUUUCGACCAUUUACACGCCACAGCAUAUAUGAAUCAACCUCUCGGACGAACCAUUCUUGGACCAAGGGAGAACAUCGAAACCAUUUCUCGUCAAGAUCUGGUAGAAUAUAUCAAUACUAACUACACCGCUGAUCGAAUGGUCCUUGUUGGUGCUGGUGGCAUCCCUCACGAGGAAUUAGUUAAACUUGCCGAGAAGCAUUUCGGCGGACUCAAGUCUACACCGCCAUCAUCCUAUGCUGCUCAGAUUGCUGCCGAGCAAAAACGCAAGCCAAACUUUGUCGGUUCCGAGGUCAGAAUACGAGACGACACAAUCCCAACAGCACACAUUGCCAUUGCUGUUGAGGGCGUAAGCUGGAAGGAUGAUGAUUAUUUCACUGCCCUUGUCACUCAAGCUAUUGUGGGCAAUUGGGAUAAGGCUAUGGGCAAUGCCCCCUAUCUGGGAAGCAAGCUCAGCACUUUCGUCAAUGCCAAUGAUUUAGCCAACAGCUUCAUGAGCUUCUCUACGAGCUAUAGCGAUACCGGUCUUUGGGGUAUCUACCUUGUGACCGAAAACAAGACACGGAUUGAUGACCUCGUUCACUUCACUCUCCGCGAAUGGUCCAGGCUAUCAUUCAGCGUCAGCGAGGCUGAAACCGAACGAGCCAAGGCUCAAUUGAAAGCGUCGAUCCUCCUUUCUCUGGAUGGCACCACCGCUGUGGCCGAGGAUAUUGGUCGUCAAAUCGUGACUACUGGACGAAGAAUGGAUCCUGCCGAAAUCGAGAGAGUGAUUGGCGGUAUCACCGAAAAGGACGUGAUGAGGUUUGCCCAGAAGAAAUUGUGGGAUCAAGAUGUUGCCGUGUCCGCCGUCGGUUCGAUUGAAGGUCUGCUCGACUACAACAGAAUAAGAAACGAUAUGAGCCGAAAUGCGGCAUAG